AUGGGAGAUGAAGAACAAAGUGAUUGGGAGCAAGAAGAACAAUUUCUGUCUGAUGAAGAAAGUGGUUAUGAAGAAGAUCAGUGGACAGAUGAUUGUUCCAAUACUGAUUAUGAUGAUGAUCCAGAUGGUGGAGAGCUUGAACCAGAACCACCAGAUCCGUACCAAGACAACACCAGCUACAUAGAUUGGUCUAGAGAAGAAGCUGACCAGAGAUCUAACCAUGAGGGCGAGAUGUAUCAAGAGGAAACUGAAUACCAGAUCAGGCUAGAUGAACACAGCUACCAUGAAGAAACAGAGAAUGAACCAGAAGUUGUUUAUCCAGAAGAUGGUGUUGAUGAUAACUCAGAUCAUGAGGAGUCAUAUGUGGAAGAGAGGCCAUGGUGUGAGAUACCGUACUCUGAUCAUGAAGAAGAAAACCAUGAUGAAACUGAUUCCCAAGUCAGUUUACCCUACUCUGAAGCAAACCGUGAAGAUGGAGCAACAAGUGAGCGUGACUUUGCUGAAGAAGAAGAAAAUGAGGCUGUAAGAAGUGAUGAAGAGUAUGAGCCAAGAUACAUCCAAUACGCAGGCCAUCAUGAAGGAAUAGAAGCUUACUGGAAGUGGGAGAAAGACCUAGAUCAAUGGUUUGAACUUCAUCAGAUUGAAGAGGAGGAGAGACCAUUAAUUGCUGAAGAUACUCUAACUGAGUAUGCAUACUGGUGGUAUGAUCGUGAUGCUUCUUGGACAGAAAUGAAGGAGCUACUACGUGAGGAGUUUGUGACAACAGCUGAGAGCCACAAGGAGUAUCAUUUCAGGCGCCCAGAUGUAUUCCCUAAGCCAAGGAGAUUGAUUCUAGCACCCAUGUGA